AUGUCCGCUGUUUCUGACAAGUUCAUCGAGCCUGCCGCGGCCGGAUCCGUUGAGUAUGCAAGACAGCAUAUGGACGCCGACACCAAGGCGCUCGUCACAAAGUUGGUCGGCGAGGAUGGCCUGGACAAGUUCCUCGCGUCUGACAGAGUCGACGGCACUGUGUUCAAAUACAUCGCCGAUGCCCACGACCACAACCGCUAUAUUGUAGCGGAGUUCAAGCAUAUCGUUGCCGAUAUGAUCAUUGCUGCGGCGCCUCAGGCCGACCAGCGGGCGCUCAGUGUCACUGCACAAGUCCAGCCAGACGUGUAUAUCUCGCCAGCGGCGGCGGCGGCGGCGACGCUCAUUGACAAAAAGUGCCCUUAUCGCCGGGAUGGCACGGAGCUUACAGAAGACAAUGUCCCCAGGGACGAUGGCGGCUUGGAACUUUAUCUGUUUGAACUGUGGACCGUCUUCUUGCAUGCCGUCAAGAUAGUCCCGUACGACAACCCUCUCCAGUACGAGCUCAUGGGCUUCCUCAGGAGCCUUGGCUCAAAGUCUAGAGGAACUGUGCAUUUGAAAGCCCACGACGUGGUGCGUUGCGUGGAACAAGGCCAUCGGGACAGGCUCGACGACGAACGAAGGCGCUUUGCAGAGUAUGAGCAGCAAUGGAUCAGCUUUUCCACGUUCCAGGCGCGCCGGAUCGCAACGGACCCCGAGGCCGGCUUCGGCUGGCUGUUGUAUGGCUUCAUAGACACCGCCCAGGCUGUCGAGAAGCCUCCUCCUCCGCAGCCGGACGGCCCCGACGACGUCAUCGGCGCGACACACCAACGGGCUUUUGCGUGCGCUGUGCGUGUUGCGUGCCACUGGAUGCUGCUCACAGGAGGAAAACUCUACCGCUGGGCCAUCCGCGACAUUGACGACAACCUGGAGAACGGAACGGCUCGCUUCUGUGACGAGACGUCCCUCCGAAUGAUGCGCAAGAAUAUGUACGAGCUGUACGUGAAGAACGGCGGCACGGAAACUGGGAAACACGGCCAACGCUGGUUGUUUUGGCAGAAGCGCUUCGAGACGCUGGGGUCUAGCGAUACAAGCGACCCGAACAGCGGCACACGGCUGGGCCUCGACGACGAUCUGCGCACAGUGGCACGCCUGACUGCCGAGCGCAUGCUUGGGUGCCAGGCGCAGGUCGACGCCGAGCUUGCUGGGAAGGCCGAGAAGGCCGAGAAGGCCGAGAAGGCCGAGAAGGCCAGGGGUGCCAAUGAGUGA